AGACAACAGCUUCUGGAUUUUCUGCCAUGUUAUCUAUCUGUUUUUCCAUUAUCAUUAAAUUUUUCUAUCAUUUUUGAAACCAUUGAUCCACUAUCACAUCUUUGGUGAUUCCACAGUUUCUGGACUAUAGUAAAGAGGAGCUCCUGCUGCUUUGAGACUCUGGACUGUGAAUGAGCCGAGUCAACAUGGAGAACAGCAAGCCAGUGAAGGAAGUGCUCCCCCUGCCUCGCCACCCUUCCCCACUUCCUGUGACCUCUUCCUCGCUGACCCCUGCUGACUCUUUGAAAAAACACACCACAGGCACCAUCCAGCAUGUGCAGGUGGCCUCCUCAGUGGUGACAUCGUUCCAUCUGAAGCCUCCAGAGAGGGAUCCCACCCUGAUGUCCCACAUGAAGUCUGUUAAAUCUCUGAGGCACGCUGGCUUCACUGCGGUCUUCACUGGACAAAUGAAAGUUGACAGCGAGGAGUUGUUGGAGGAGGUACCAAUCGUCGAUGUGAUCCUGGCUGACAUCGACUCCCUGGUGCCCACUCACGAUGAAGCCGGCCGUCCCAUAGCAGAGUGGAAACGACAGGUGAUGGUGCGGCAGCUGCAGGUCAGGCUGCAGGAUGAAGAGGAACAGAGGAGACAGGACAUGACUAAUGGCUACACACCAGUGGAUGGCUGGACGUACUCCCAAACCCACAAAGCAGUCUUGGGGCCCUUUGGUGAGCUCCUAACAGAGGAUGAUCUGGUGUACCUGCAGCAGCAGAUCGAGACUGUUUCCCUGCAGAAGCGCUGCCAGGCCUAUGAGCUGGAGCUGACCAGGCUGACGGAGGAGCUGAGGUCGAUUUUACCAGAUCCAAUUGUGAACAUAUCCCUUAACAAAGAGGUCCUACAACAGAUGGACACAGAAGGGAAAAUGCAACUGACUUUGCCAGUGUGGUGCAGUCGUGUCUCCGAGAUUGUUAAGAGCAUGUCACUGCUGGUGACUAAUCUGAGCCAAAGCACAGAAGAAGGGGGUGAGAGGAGGAUAGUGGGAGGCAUGAUGGAGGAGAUGAAGGAUUUGCAGGGGGUAAGAGAUAGUUUAGGAAUUGAUUUAGGCCAAGGAUUGGUGCAACAGGGCCAAGAGACGGGGCCAGCACAUGGUGAGACCUCUAGCGGAUGUAGGAUUCCUCAUAUAGGGAUGGCGUCAGCUUUUAGCCAUCGUCUGGAGACUAAUAGCUACAGCAGAGCACGGAGGGAGAGGGUGGAGAGGGAGAUCCAACAGUCUGGGGUAUCAGUCAGAAACCUCAGAUCCAACUUUGAAGGUCAGAUUGGUGGUAUUUAUCCCUUCGCUGGGGUUGUGAAAGGAGGCCAGGUAGUGUUUGAAGGUGCAGGAGUAAACAACCAGAAUGCCAGCAAAGGCCUCAGCUGUGAGGUGAGCCACUGUGAUCCUCCUAAAAAACUUGUACCUGUGAUGGAGACUAUCAGCUUAAGGAAAGAGCGUAUAGUGGUGCUCUUCCUGAGCCACUGGAAGAAAUCUGCAUAUGCUAUUUCAGUGAAAGCAGCGAGGCAGAGACAGGGACAGGAAGCAGUGUCAGGGAGAGUGACGGGUGCAUUGCCCCCACAGAAAAUCACCUCCAUGUUUGAAUUCUGCCAACAACGAGGUGCUGUAGACAAGAUGCUAAACUCCUGGAGGAAUAAACUAGAACUCAAAGAUGCGCAAAAGUCCUGUUCGUCCUCUAACUCCUCACAAACUCCACCACCUCGAGUAACCUACUCUCCAGAGCAAUUCCUGCCAGAUGUGGAUGGUGUUGCAGUGAGCCAUGACAGCUUGACCCUUGACCUCUUCAUGCUGGGAUACUUCCACAUCUUAGAGCAAGAGCUGUCGCCUGAGGAGAGGAAGAUGAGGCACCUCCUCUGCUUCGAAGUCUUUGACCAUGUCGGCAGUUUCCCCUGGCAGAUGGUGAUGGACUUCCACAAGGCUGUUCUCCAGGAGAUCCAGGCUGGGAGGCGACAAUGGAGCGACGGCUUUGAGGACAUCAAAGUUCGCUUCUUUGGGGACUCCAGACCAUGCCGCUGUCCAUCGCCAUCAUCACUGUUGUCAGACUCCAGACUCGUACCCAAAGUUGUAGUUCAAACUGCUACUCCAGAUGAGUGUGGCAGCGACACAGACUUCUCCUGUUUUAACAACGAAGACAUUUGUAAAUAUAUUGACCGCAGCUUUGCUUUCUGGAAAGAGAAGGAGGCAGAGCUGUUUGAUUUUGAACAUUAGUAUUAAGGUUAAAUUUUACAUUUUUGUGCAAAAUGAUGAUAUGUUGGUAUGUUUAUUUUAUUUAACUGACGGGAGUCGAAUAAACUUCUGUUGAGAAUGUAUUAUUGAUGCAUUAUUGCAAAUGUAAUUGAUCAUUACAGUUAGUUUGUUUACAUCCCAGUCACUGACACACAAAAGCCUCCAACAAAUGCAUCCAAUCUUCCUUUAUACCCAUUUUCUGCAAACACGAAAUGAUGCCUAUGAUUUCCAUUUAAAAAAGCUUUAUGAUAUAAUUUAAUCUGACAACAGGACCACAGAAAGCAUUUUAUACAAUUCGAUGACUGCAUUAAGCUGGUAGUAUCUGGUAGAGGAUUCAUAGAAGUUGUUAGCACAGUGGGGAACUCCACUGAUCUUACAUGUCAAAGUCAAUUUGCUAAUCACGUUAAGUACCACUAAGCUUGUGAAAACAGUUGUAUGAUGUGUUCCUUUAAGUAAUCAUGGACUGUGAUUUGAUUCUUCUGAAUAUCACAGGUUGUAAUACUGUAGAAUGAACUGCACAGUGGUGGAAGAAGUACUCACAUCAUUUAAGUAAAAGUAGCAAUGCUACAAUAUAAAAAUACUCACAAUGGUUUCUUUCAGAGGUUUAUAUUACUAUGUUAUAUUUUUGGAGUAUUGUCAU